AUGAAAAUUCAUCUCCGUCUGGGUCUAACCGAUUCAUGGCACUCUUUUUAUGUAUUGAUCGUUGGAGGUGGACCCACCGGUCUUGUCACUGCUCACAUUCUGGUCCAAGCUGGCUUGAAGGUACUCGUAGUUGAACAAUACAACGCCCCCGGUCAGGCAUUGUAUGGACGCGCUGCCAUACUGUACGCGGGCUCUUUGGAGUUCCUCGACACGAUUGGAAUUUACAAUCGUAUUGCCAGUAUCGGAUACAUCGUCACGGAUUCUUUGACGUUCAAGGACGGCAAAGAGAUCCAUGGUAGAGGGUGGAAGCCGUUCGUCAAAGCAAUGGCCGGAAAUACCUAUUUUGAACACUGUCUCAGUAUUCGGCAGAAAUACGUCGAAGAGGCCGUGCGUACUGCGAUUUCUGCGGUAGACCCCACUGCGGUGCAAGCACCAGCAAAGCUAGUCGAUUUCACCAUUGACAACUCCUUUGAUCAUUCAGUAAUAGCUACAGUAGAAGCUGGAGAGAACUGCAUCGAAGUCCGUUCCAAAUACAUAUUAGGAGCAGAUGGCGGACGUUCUACAGUACGCGAGUUGAGCAAAAUCCAAUUCCCCGGUACUCCCGGAAAGUUCAAGUGGGUCCGCUUGGAUGCCAUCGUCCAGUCAGACUUACCAAGGAUGACUACUGCGAUCGAGUCUACGAGCUACGGACAUGUGCUGUGGAUGCCCAUCGACAACGGGGCCACGCGGAUUGGGUUCGUGUGUUCGGACGCGCUCUACGGCGAGAAGGGAGAAAACAUCACCGCCGAGCUUGUCAUGGAAGAGGCGAAGAAGGCGGUGGCGCCGUUCAAACUCGAGUUUGUGACGCUUGCUUGGUGGACUGUCUUCCAGUUCGGGCAGCGUGUUGCAGAGAGAUAUCAGGAUGGCCCCGUCAUCUUGGCUGGCGAUGCCGCGCAUACCCACUCGUCCGGUGCAGCUCAGGGGAUGAACACGGGUUUAUGUGAUGCGGCAAACCUCGGGUGGAAGCUUGCAGGGGUGCUACGAGGAUGGUUCAAGGAUGAAAUCCUCGACACCUACACAUCGGAGCGCAAAGCAUCUGCGGAGCACCUUAUCCAGCUCGACCGCGACGUUUCUACUCUGAUUUCUGGCACAAUUCCAGACCACUUCUGCGCGCCUCCCGGCGCCGAUCCGAACAUAUAUCUGCAGCAAGUCUUCUCUGCGAGUGCGGACUUCACUGUUGGUCUUGGAGUGUCGUACUCGGAAAAUCUGGUCAACGUUGCGAGAGAGACCGAUGCGGUGCUUGCCGCGGGUUUACGCGUCGGUCAUCGAGUACGCGACGUACCGCUCUUCAGACCUGGCGCGGCUUUCCCUACUCGGUUGCUCGAGCUGACGCCCUACAUCGGGAAGCUCUGGGUCUUCAUCCUCGCGGGUGAAGUGGAAAAGACCCCAGAGGGCGUGCGGUUGAAUGAGAAGUGUGCGACGAAGUACCACGCUUUGAGACAAUCUUUCGACUCUCCGGGUUCGUUCACCCGAACUCUCGCACCCGCGUUUGACUUUAUCACCAUUCUGCGCGGUACCGGGGUUCUGCAACCUGCGGAGACGCUCGGAACACAGCUCAUCGGAACGGUCGCGUACGACCAGACUGGAGACGCGUACGACAAGUAUGGCGUGAGCACGACUGAGGGUGCGCUUGUCGUACUCCGCCCCGAUGCGAUCAUCGGCUUUAUCGCGCCACUGAACGGUGCGCUGGAGCUUGGGCAGUACUUGAGCGAGCUUCUGCGGCCUGUCGAGGCGGGCGUCGCAAUGGAGGAGCAGCUCGUCACGACACUGGGGGAAAUCGCUCUGGACGAUCGUAACGAAGGAGAGUUGAUACGGAUCCCGAUGAUGCGAGUCCAGUCUGUGGACAACUCUUCUCUCUAG